AUGACCGCUCUUACGAAAAAGCUGCAGAAGGACAUCUCCAAGUACAAUUCAGCUUUUGCUCAACCGCCCUACUUCAAUGCAACGAAGGAAAACGUAAUCCGAGUUAUCCGAGGAGAAAAUUUCGUCGUCGAAUGUCCAGUCACGAGCCAGGACCGUUACACCGUGAGCGUCACGUGGCAGCACAACGGAUACAACCUGAAUGGCCACGGACUUCCAGGGAACAGCAUCCUUUCUGUGGACAAGAGGAGCUUGAAAACUGCUCACGCGGAGAACGAAAACUCUGGAAGCUACACCUGUAUCGCUGCUAACGUUGCCGGGAAGAACGCGUUCACAACAAUCGUGGAAGUUAUGACUCCCCCGUCGAUAGCCGUUCCGCGAAAUACGACUCUUCAAGUUUUACAGCGUGAAUCUCUCGCCCUGGACUGUAAUUAUGAAGGCUCUGGUGAAGUGGUCGUCUCGUGGUCCAAGAACGGGGAACCCAUCGAAAAUGGCGACGACCGUGUGAAGGUCCUACCAGAUACGCACCAGCUCAGAAUAGUUAACGCAACAUUCGCCGAUUCUGGAACUUAUAUCUGCGAAGCUGUUAAUGAAGUCGGCAUGGCUUACGUCAACUACACGGUUCGUGUGCUAGGGCAGAACUCCAGCGCGUAG